GAGGAAGGCUCGCCAGGCCAAGGCUCGCCGCAUCGCCCCCCGGCCCGUGGCCGGGCCCAUCCGGCCCAUCGUCAGGUGCCCCACCAUCAGAUACCACAAAAAGGUCCGUGCUGGCAGAGGCUUCAGCCUGGAGGAGCUUAAGCUCGCUGGCAUCAACAAGAGGUUUGCCCGGACUAUCGGCAUCUCCGUGGAUCCCCGGAGGCGGAACAAAUCCACCGAGUCCCUGCAGGCCAACGUGCAGAGGCUGAAGGAGUACCACUCCAAGCUCAUCCUCUUCCCCAGGAAGCCAGCCAUGCCCAAGAAGGGAGACAGCUCUCCAGAGGAACUCAAGAUGGCCACACAGCUCACAGGACCUGUCAUGCCCAUCAAGAAUGUUUUCAAGCGGGAGAAGGCGCGUGUCAUCACGGAGGACGAGAAGAACUUCAAGGCCUUUGCCAGCCUUCGCAUGGCCCGGGCCAACGCCCGCCUCUUCGGCAUCCGCGCCAAGCGCGCCAAGGAAGCGGCGGAGCAGGACGUGGAGAAGAAGAAAUGAACUGUUCUCCCCAGAACUGUCAAUAAAGAGCCGUAGAGAG